UUCCUGUUUCCGGUAUAGGCUGCAUUCUACAAGAAAUUAGUGUAAAAGGUAAAAUGAUCAGUUGAUAAGAUAUGUGUCUUUUAAUUGGACCAGCAGGAGUUGGAAAGACACUGCUACUGAAAAGGUUGCAGGCUAUUAAUUUUCUGUCAAAGGGUGCUGUGAAUGGCAUUGGUGACCCACCGACAACAAUUCCAACCGUAGGAACAAACUUGGUGACAAUAUUAACUGGACAGAAAAAUGAAAUUACAGUGAGGGAGCUUGGUGGUUCUAUGGGACCAAUAUGGCACAACUACCUCAAAGAUACAGAUACUGUUAUAUAUAUGAUUGAUCUCACUAACCGACUGCAAGUGUCUGCUGCCUGUAUACAACUGUUGAUGCUCCUCUCUCACUCAGAUACCAAGAAUCUCCCCUUUCUUCUCCUCUUCAACAAAAUUGAUGUGACCACUGCUAUGACACAGAGUGAAGUGCAAUCCUUGUUCCGUAUGAAUGGAAUUCUGAAACAUGCUGUUCAGAAAAUUAAUAUUCUGGAAAUCAGUGCCAAGAGUGGAAACAGUCUAGACAAAGUGGUUCGAUGGAUCAAUUCAAACCACAAACAAGCCGAACAAAGUUAAAAAGUGAAUUUCAUCUGUACUGAGCUCUAGUCAGGUUAAAAGUCCAUGAAGUUGAAGAUGAUGAACUUGAAGGAGGAGUAAUAUUAGCUUACCAGAUACAGUUGUGUGUCCAAGACAGUAUGAAAAGGAAUGAAUGAAUGAAUGAAUGUAUUAAGAUAGGACCUUGUCUCAAUCCAUUUUAGCUAGACAAUCUGAAUUUGGACAUUACCAAUUGAAUCCAACUCAAACACGCAUUCCUUUCUUUUUCAUCGACACAUUAAAAUGAAGUCAUAAAAUGUUUAUUUUUAUCACAUAUCACACAUGUAUUUAAAAAGUAAAUUAUGUAAAAAUAUAUUUACAUAGAAUUGAUGCUUACAUCAUUAUAUCAAGCAGACCAUUAAAUUUUUGUCAGAUUUGUUGAUUGUGUAACUAUUCUUGUUAUAAAUUAUUUUCAGUAGCCAUUCCAAGUGUCGAAGGCCACAAAUAUCUGUUGUUACUCCAUACUUGUUAAGUUGGCUAUUUUUUGUUUUUGUUUAGGUCAUCAUGCUAUAUAUAAAAUGGUGGCAUUGACAAGUCGCUGUAUAUCUGUUUAUUCGCACAUUCCUGCUGUAUCGGUCAGAUGAUCUACCAUAUAUGAAUUGGCUGACAUUUGUAUACAUGCUAUAAUUAUUUAUUAGUGGAGUUUUAUUAUCAUUACUGCCAAGUUUUAUUAUUUACUAUUAUAUUGUGAUAUGUGUCUGUGAUAAGUAAUGUAAACUGUAUUCAAUAAAUGAUGAGGUUCUCUGUUAAA